AGCUUCCAGAACCUGAGAGGUGUUCACGAGAGGAUAAUUUGAGCUCCUGAAUGCUGGGGAAUAAAGUCUGUAGUUUACAGAGACAGCUGAUGGCAGGGGAUAAACUUCUGGGAACGUGGAAUAGAGGAGAUACGGAGAAAGAGCCCUGCGUGGAGCAGGAAAUGGAAUCUCAGCCAAAAAAAUUAUCCCAUUCGAUUGAAGAAAUCCUGAGGAGGCCCACAUGUGUCAGGAAAGAGAAGAGAGCUCAUCGUAACUGGUCUGUUAUCAAGGAGAACACCAGGAUAUCGAACCAGCUCUCAUGUACAGAAGCUCCACAAAACAGACUACUUGAAGAGUCUCCCAAAGCCACCACAGACUGCAUGAGUCAGAGGAAAAAGAGGCAGACGAGGGUCACUUUCACACCGUUUCAGGUGCAGGAGCUGGAGAAAGUCUUCCAGCUGACUCACUACCCAGACGUCAACAGCAGAGAGCAGUUAGCCUCCCGCCUGCACCUCACUGAGGGCCGAAUACAGAUUUGGUUUCAGAACCGCAGAGCCAAAUGGAGGAAGGCAGAAACAGUGAAGGAUAUAGAACUGAUGGCCAGACAGGACGUACAGCCAGCCAGCCAUGAUCCCCGGCUUUACUAUGAGCUCUUACAGGAGCCACCGCUGCAGGCGGUGUGCUGGCUGCCAUGCUGUUUACCUAAACCCCUCCAAUCACAGCUAUUCCUCAGAGCCACACCAACACCCGCCUUGCUGACCAACACACAUUCCCCAGAUCACAGGACUCUGUAUUUUGACCCGCUGCGGACAGACAGAUAGCACCUUCGGUAUACCUCAACAAAUAAUGACACUGCUGUGUUAAAAUUUGAAAAAAAAUUUAAGUUUCUAGCCACUCAAAAUACUACGGUAGACUGUAAUUUGUAAGCCAUACAAUUGAUAAGUUGGCUUUAAUUUCAAAAUGUGUUGUAUAUACUGAAAUAUACUGGAAUAAAAAUGAACUUUUUAAAAAAAUGUACCAAUAAAUUUGACAUCAAAAUUGAUAUCCUGGCUACUGAAAGCAGUUGGCUUUCUUUGUAAUGAAAGACCUUGUGAUACAUUCAUACAAGUGUAGGCUUAAAGACACUGUGGUAUGCUUCUUGGUAGAGAGCUGUAUUUGUGCUGUGUUACUGUGCAGGAGAGCAUUUAGAUUUUUUCAUGACACCACACUUCAUUGUCAGAGAUAAGAUACAGCGCCGCCAUAAACUGUUCAUCUGUUUGACUUUCUGACAACCUCCCCUUAUCUUAAUUUGGGCUCGUAAAUCGGGGUUAGCUGGAGGGUAUUAGAGAACUUACUGAAUAGGAUCAUAAGGAAAAUACCGGCUGAAGGUAUAGAUUAGUGCUGUAGAUGUAUGUCAAUAAUUGUGACUUUUAAAAAGUACAAAAACUGUGUACAUGGAUGUAUUUUUUCAUCUUUAUUUACUUGCUAAACCAAUAUUACACAGACUACUGUCAUUGCAUUUCACAACCUUUCCGGUAAUAAUGUAACAGCUUGUACAACAAGUGCGUGUUAUGACAGUGAUAUUGUUUUAUGAAAAGCCAAUAA